UCUCCCAAGAUGAAAUGUUUCAAUUUCCUCUGAAGAAAAAUCAGGAAGCGGAAAAAAAAUGGGAGCCGGGCCAAGGUGCCGCCAGCGCCGUGGUAUCUCUCCGCCUUCAGUAAAUCGCCCCACGAUCUUCCCUAUCAUAAAAAGAAAGAAAAAAAUAAAAAAAAACGGGGCCAAUAUGUAAUAUAUUGAACGGGCGAAGGGGGCAGAUGAAGAACUAUAAUGGCCAGUGUGUGAAUGAAUGAUAGCCAUUGGAUGCACAGAUUGGAUCCUUGAUCCUCAUUGGGACUUUGGAAAGUCUCCGGGGGAACAACGCGAUUGGUCAUUUGGACGUUUCUGAUGUGAAUCUCAGUCAUACGCUGCUGCUGCUUACUGUAAAACUCGUGGGGGGGGGGUGUUCAUUACAGGCAGGUUUGCAUGGCUCUCAACUUUAUCAUGAACAAAUACCUACAUUGUCGCCUGUCUGCAUCCCAUUAAAAUGACGUGUCCAAAUUACGACAUGCUGUAAUACAUGGUUUUUCGACUGAGUAAGUGAAAAUAAGGGAAUUUAAUGGCUGAUCUAUCGAUAACGGAAGUCGUUUUGUGUGAAUCCUUGGAAGGAAACGAACCGCAAACGGCAGAUUCUGGUCUCGGGUUGGGUAUUGGUCCCGAUUUUGGUGCUGGUCUCGCGAGUCACCGCGCGACUUUGGCGCGUCACGCGGAGGCACUGAAUUUGCAGCAGUCGUGCCGCUCGCGCGACAUGACAGUUUUGCUUUGCGUUUGCUGUUCGAGUUUUAGGGCCGUGCAGAAAGCAGAGACGUACCAAAGCCCGAUCUGCAAACACAGCGUGGCGAAGAAGACAGCUGCAUAGACACACUGGAGCCAGAAGUGUAUAUAUAUAUAUAUAUAUAUAUAUAUACUCCUUGUUAGUCAUGUUUGCCUAAUCAUUUACUUCAGGCAGAGUGUUCUUGGCAGUUGUCUUUGACUGUUAAUGCUCAUACAAGCGCGGGGACGUGACCAGCUACGGUUGUAGCUUGGAGGAGCGUCGCCAGCUGCCCGCCGCUGUUCGAGGGCGAAGAUGGCGCUGCGUCAUCCCCGCCCUGCGGGACUAGUUCCCUCCCUCCGACUGUGAGCUGCGGUGUCUGCUGACCGGCAGCCGAGUGAUCCGCCCCGAGGCGGGUAACACCACGAUCACAUUGUCAGCGCUCAGGGCCGUUUUUUUUUUUUUUUUUUGCCUUGCAAAUUUGCAAAACCUCGGCCCCCGUUCCGAUGCAAUGCGGGUUUUUCCGUCUCAGUCGGUCGGCUCGCCCUGACGUGUGCUGGGUCGCAAGGAAUGAAAACAUAUAACUAAACUCAUUUCUAUUAUUGAGCUUUGACAUCUACAUAUUUCACAUAUAGUACUGAUUUGAAUAUACUGUAUAUCCUUUUGCAGGAAGUUAAAAAAUAGUGACAUCGUCUCAGAGCCUCCUAAAUAUGCAGCAAUGGAGAAGAGGUCAAGUGACUUUUGGACUCCAGAUAGGGAGCAGUACGCAUGUCACAUGUAAUUCCACUAAAAAGACCACCAUUUUUGUUCAUUGCAUCAGCAUUAUUAUCUCUCUCUGUGUGUGUAUACGGUCGAUUCACAUCACGGACUUAUGCAACCGGGAAAAGGAGGCCGGGCGACCGUCCACGACGCGCAAUCACGCCGCAGUUCGCUGGUCAUUUCAUCCGCCUGCAAAUGAUCUGCAAUCGUGCCAUUCCGCUUUCAGCUUUGACAAAGAUGAUUAAAAUUCUCGCGAUUUGACACGAGAGGGGGGAAGUCAUGAGCCUGACUUCGGGGCGCUAACUAUUCUUGAAAAAGGUCACUUUGUGCCAUCCGCGCUGUGGUUCAUAAUCAUGUUAUUAUUCUUUAGCGGCGCUAACAGCUGUGAUUAAUAGGCAUCGUGUUGUUUUAAGCAUGAUAUUUCAAAAAUACCAAAAAAAACUCUUAACAAUUAUUCAUGUAUUGUCCUGAUACUUUUUUUUUCUAUAUCACAUGAUUGAAAUGAAUGUUUUGAGCAAUAUAGUUUUGUAUAUUAUGUUCUUCUUUUCAACUUGUUCAGUUUUCGUGACUUCAAUUAACUCAACGCCAUUUAAGAGGAUUGUUAAUGGACUGGUUUCAAUGAGUUGUGGUUUGAUUAAUGAAUUCAUAUUUGCAUUUAUGUGGAGCAGGGUGUCUGGUCACCUGGUGACACCAAAAAAAGUCCAAUAUCCACUCUUCUUCCUAUUGCCGUUUUUAGUCCCCGUCAACUCCCGAGGGGAAAAAAAUCUUGAUCUGUGGCGUUCCUGCCUUCAGCAGCUGAUGGCUCACUGUACUGUCUGUUGUUUGAAGCUGGGUAAAUUGUGUACAGGCGUGUUUUAAUAGAUGUUCCUCUGAAAAGCAGCUGCUCGCUUGUGCAGCCUCCGGGUAAAAAGUUUCUGUUGGGUCCCUGUUGUGGUAAUUUGAUUAAAUGCCACUCGCAUAAUUGCAUCACGUGAGCACAGGGCUCCUCGAAAGGAGUAGCUGGUAUAGUUGAUCAAAUUCGCCCAACGCCCAAUUCAUCUGGGUUUUCUGACCCCCGACCCUGACCCCCACUUUGAGUAACCCCUUUCAUGUCACCCAAAAACAUUUCCAUUGUUAGUCAUAUAAAUAUUGAUUAAUAGCAAAACAUUAAGUAUAGAUUUGACAGAUAAAAUUGGUCAUUGACCAACGCUCGUUUGACCAUAUUUGGCAAAUAAAAAAUUGGUUCAAAAAAAUCGGUGAGCACAUGUAAUUACCCCACGUAUCUGUCGCGGCGUGGUUUUUUUUUAUCUGUCGUGAAAACAUGGUGCCUGCCGGGUUCAUAAUUCAUUCAUAACGGCGCAGUCAGAGACGGUUAUGUCAAAGGGCCCCGGGGAAUAUUUAUUGCCGCAAACGGAUGCGCGGCGGAGGAGGCGGAGUUCGGCGGAGGAGGCGCUCUGCGCUCGAGGAUGCUUCGGGGAAACAAAGUGUGUGCCGCCUGCAAUGCUCCGAGGCGAGCACAUUCAAAAUCGCACCCCGGGGGCCAAAGAGAGCAGAGAAGCAGCGGCCACACAUCACUGAGACGCAGGGAGUGUACAUAAUGCACGGGGCAAGAAAUGCUAGCGCACGACAAGGAAAAAACGGGAGGGAGGGAGACGCGGGCCAUCCGAGGACGGAGAGCCUCGCAGGUUGUCAGGCGAUUUCUGACCCGCCCGAAUGGGACUAGUAGUCGCCAGAGUCGGCUGGCGGCGACCGCAGCGCUCUGCCCGUCUUAAUGCGGCACUCCAGUAACGGGACGGUUCCGGCCGCCCGCUGGGAAAUUGCCUUCCCCUCUUACCUUCCCCGGAAGACAAGGGACACUUCAUCUGGUCGGGUACUUGGCGGAGCAACAGUGUGUGAAACAGGGUCCUCUUCUUUCUUUUUUUUUUCUUCUUUAAAGCGCCGGGGGCCUCGCACGCUGCUCCGAAAUUGCCUCUUGGCUUUUUUUUCUUCUUCUUCUGUUUCUUUUUUCCCACGAGUAGGCCGUGACUGUGCUCGGAGCUCCCAGCCAAAGUGCAGCUGUGGGAAUGGCCCCGGCCGGGCGACGGUGAAAGGACCGGCUCAAAUCGCGAGAGGACAGGGAGUACGGGGAGACGCGGCGGCGCUACUCUGAGAUUUGAAUUUAUCUGCAGCACCAGAGACCGCACUCACCUCUGGCCUCGGAAUUUCUCUUUCUAUAUGUGGUGGCGCGCGGCGGCGGGCCUGUAGGGGGAGAGCGAGACGUCUGGAGUCCGGCUGUGUUGCUUUUGCGUGAAUAGUCUGUCACACAAAUAGACGUGACCCAAAAUGGGACGGUGCCGUCCAAAAAUUUGGAUUGAUAGAACGUGUCUGUGAGGCAGCUCGUAAUGUUACAUGUCUCAUCGAGUCCUCUUGAGAGCCGCUUGCUUUAUUUUUUAAUCGAUGCUCAACACAAGGAGAACAAAAUGUACAGGGCCAAUGGAUGCAAAUUGGUUGACGUAAAACGACUGAUGGCAGGAAUUAUGGCUCGGCCUUUUAUAGCAAAUCCCCCAGAUGAUGGACCAAAAUCAACAAUGAGGCUACCUGCAGGAGACAUUUCUUACACGAUACAGCUGCAACCAUAACUUAAGGUCAGCGGAAAAUAGUCCCAGGGCGUAAAAUGCAUUUAACUCCUGUUGAGAGUUUGCUUAGAACUACAAUGCCUGAAGUAAUUAUAGCAAUCACGCAGCCUAACCCAGUGAAACAAUGUAUUUGCGACUCGUGUUUUGUUUUGUUUUAAGAUCGACUUCCUCGUGAGGAACAAAUGGCUUCGGGUAGUCGCGUCGGAAACUCCUCAGAGACGGACCGAGCCGCUGCGAGACAGAUGUCGAAGAACGCCGGACAGAUCAUUUGAGCACGAGCGCCAGCGUCACCCGGACAUCAUAUCCAUCCACACAGCAGAGUCUCAAUCUCAAGCUCCUCGACUAAGCGGGCCAAAUGGGGUGCCGAUGCUGCAGGAUGAUAAAAAGCUACAUCUACGACCCCUCGGUGGCGGGGGACGCGAGGAAGGCCGACGCCGCGGGCAGCUCGCUCUACCAGCCCCACCACCUCCCAGGCAGGGCCCCCGGCGGCGGCGGCGGCGGUGGCGGCCCGCUCGGCAGCCACGACAAGCAGAAGCAGGGCUUCCACAACCUGGCCUACAGCAAGUCCAACGACAGCACGCUCAAGCUCGAGGUGGACAACAACCACCUCAACCAGAGGCUGCACGCGGCACCCGGGAAGGAGCUGCACCACCAGGGGAGCGCUCUGCCCGCAGAGGGGGGGCUGUACAUCAUCCAGCCGGACGCUCUGGCACCCAGAUGGACCCCGAGCCAGGUUCCGGUUUACCCCAAUAUACAGGAGUACGAGAACCAGAGAAGCCACGGCGAGCGGGGCCGCCGGCCGGCGGCGGAUGAGUGGGACGGCUCCGUCGACAAGUGCGCGGCCGGCGGCGAGAGCCCGUCGGCAGACGAGAUCGAGAUCGACGAGGGCGUGGGGGGCACGCCGGACUAUCCGUGCGACACGGGGGACGAGGGGAGCGUCCUGUCGGUGGACAUCCACACCAGCACCACCAGCCUGUCCUCGGCCGACACCCGGGACGAGCUGCGACUGCGAAAGACCACGGACGCCUCCACCAUGGAGAGCGGGAUUUCGGUGAUGAGGAGCGAGGAGGGCGACGACGACGAGGAGGAGGAGGAGGAGGAGGAGGAGGCGAGGAACGACGACGACGAGGAGGAGGAGGAGGAGGAGGAGGAGGCGAGGAACGACGAGGAGGAGGAGGAGGUGCAGAGCGUCACGGACUCCAUGGUGGCGGAGGCUCUGGCCGCCCUCGAAGCCGCCACGGCCGGCGAGGACUUCGAUUGACGGGCUCAAAUGCGGCUCGACGGAGCGCCCGCGAAAAGCCUUCCGCCACCGCGGCGGUUCUAAUCGAAGGAAAGCGGUUUUUGAAGGAGAACUCUGUUUACAAGUAAAAGAACAGAUUUAUAUUUUAAACUGGAAGUCGUGGUUACAUCUGCGCUUUUUUUUCUCGCUUUUUUUCGGUCCCACUGAAGAAAGACAGUGUCUGCCUUGUGAAGGGGGCAGUGCGUUGCCAGGUUUUCACGAGGCCACGAAUUCAGAGACUUUGAACUUGGCCUGCUGCCAUAUCAGACCCGCUAGUCCCUUUGAAUAUAGUGCACCGAUAGAACACUCCACAGUUCUAAUAAGCCUGAAUACUCAUUCACCGCUUUGCCGUGCCCUUACUACUGCUACAGACGCGAGUACGACUAUAGUCUCACAUGCUUUCAUCACAUUUUGGAGCACAGCAGUGCUUAUUGAUAGCCUACACCGUCAGAGAAAUACACAGUCCUUGCCAUAUCUCGCCGUCUCUUCAGGAAUCUCGUCCUCGGGCGAAGGAGGAAAGGUCACAGCGUGCACAUAUAUAUAUAUAUAUAUAUAUAUAUUUUUUUUUUUAUACGCUACCCAUGUUUUUGUUUCUAUUUUAUCUUAUCCUGUUAUUUAUAAUAUCUGCGCGCGCGCGCGCGCACACACACACACA